AUGCUGAAGCACACGGCGCAGGCGCAGGGCCCGCCCACGGCCACCAACACGACCAGCUCGGGGACGCCGGCGUCGCUGCUGCUGGCUCUGCGCGCCGCCCACCACCACCACCACCACCAGCACCAGCACCACCACGCGCACCCGGCCGCCAACCUCAGCCUCAACCUGUCGCAGCGCCUCAACCACUCGCACCUCUCCACGCUCAGCACCUCCAAGCACUCCCUCGGCAAUGCCAGCAGCGUCAGCCCCGGAGGCGGUGGCGGCAUCGUGGUGGCCAAUGGCGGGCCGGGCAGUACAGCGGCACUGCCCAAGAUGGCAAAUGGUGGCCUCCACAUCUCACGGUCCUCGGCCCACCACACACAGGGAGCACAUACUAUCUCGGGCCGGCACCACACCUCCGGACAUGCCUCACCCACUGGAGGCAGCCGGUUCUCGUGGCGCAGCUACUACCACGGGCAGCUGGGCCCGCCGCGAGAGGCGCUGGGGUCGCUGGGCCUGCUGUGCCUGGCCAGCCUGCUGCUGGCGCUGCUGUCGCUCAUCUUCCUGCUGCGGUUGGCGCCCCUGCCCGCGGGGGAGCCCCCCUCGGACGAGUACGUGCUGGUGCACGACGCGACGCUGGCGCUGUGUGCGCUCGCGCUGUCGCUCAACCUGUGCUGCCUGCUCGUCUGUGCCGUGCAGGUGCUCUUCGCCGUCCGCCUCGUGCGAUCGCCGCACGGCGCCGAGAGAACUAACAAGUACCUGCAAAAAUCAUCAAUAACAAGAAUGUGCGCAGUAAGCGGAUUCUUCAUUUCCAUUCCUGUUUUCCUCACAGGAAUCAUCUUGUACACAUUCAUCCAAUUCCAUUCAACUCCAGCCAUAAUAACCAGCGUAUUUAUUGGUGUUGGUAUUGUGUUCUGUGGUUGUGCCAUGGUUCACAAUGUUUUCGUGUGGCAAAGGGAGAAGACAAAUGCAGUUCGUGCCUUGGCACUACAGCAACAGCAACAGCACCAACACCAACCGUCGCUUCGCCAGCCGACGUCCCCCACACCGUCAGUGGAUCUUUCCAAGGUUGCCUCUGGCCUGCCUCGUGAAGCGAGUGGUAGUGUGAGUCCGGGUGUUCCUGUGGCUACUCUAGACCUCAGCACAGCUGUGUCACCACACGAAUUAUCGACACUUGUGUGAAAUGUCAGUUUCAUAAAUUUACUUGUGUAACUGGUGCUUGGUGAUUUUUUUUGGCCUGCUCACAAACAUGUUUUACAAAUAGAUAUCACAGGAUGAAAUGUGUCAGUGCCAGUGUUAUUUACAAGGUGAAAAUAAUCAACGAACUGAUUUGCUUGCACUUUGGGUUCCUGUGCAAUGUAAGCUGCCCCCGCUCGUGUGGUCGUGCAGUGAGAGGCAGGCUGCUGAGAGGCUAAACGUGGGUAGUCUCUGGAAUUCUGAAGUCCACUAGAUGGUACCUAGUGAUGUCUGAUGUACCUGGGGCUUGUGUCGUACAAGUUCAGAGUCCACCUUUGUGUUUGCUUUUGGCAUUUUGAACACACAUAUACCCUUUGUGGUCCUUCAAGAGUAUGAAACAACACUUUGACCUUACACAUGCACUAUUCCCAACAUUUUGUUGCAUUUAUGAUACAUAUUAACUAAAUGUAAAAAGACAUAAUAUAUUCUGUGUGAGAGUUAUAGCAUUCCAUUCAUAUUGCAAACCAGACAAAGGAAUUUUUUUCUGGAAAAUUAACUCACUGUCAGUAUUGUGCUCAACAUUUAUAUCUCACAUAGGCAGAAAUUCAUCACAAAGAUAAAAACGGAUAUAUAAUUUAUCAUCUUGAAGCAGGUUGUAGUAAAUCUCCAAAAAAUGUCAUUCUAUUCCUACAUCCAUAAGAUGUAUACAAUCUUUUUUAAAUGAUGCUCCACAGCUUUUAUAAAAGACACGUGGAUUAUACCAGUGCAAAUCUGUCAGGACCAUUAUUAUACUGCAUCUAGUUUGGACAGAUGAUGAUGUAAACUAUUUGGACAGAUGGUGUAAACUGUUGAAACAGGUUGCAGUACAACAAUGAUUUUAGCAGCUUUGUGACAGUAUACAUAACACUGCCAUAAAAUCCAGGUACCUAUCACAAUAUUAAUUACUCACCCAGUAAAAACUAUUAAGUAUUAGCAAAAUCAAAGAUAAAAUAAUUACAAAUAAUUUGUGCUCUUCUCUGUUCUGUUACUUUUGUGUUUAUUCAGUUAUGUUGCUAUUCCAGACAGUCUGUAUAACAGUUAUUGUGAAACACUUGUUGAAUGAGAUCACGUGGCAGAUUAAAAAGAUCUAAGAACUGAACGUUAUGUGGAAACUGUAAGAAGUAUUUUAAAGAAACAAUGAAAUGAAUGAAUUAAUUAAUUUUAUAUGAAAUGAUUGUUGGGUCCUUUAAUGUUGUGGAAUAUUUAGAACUGAUAAAGUUCUAUGCCACAACCAGUUACAUAUCAGAUGCUCUGAAGGGUAACUUGAUAGCUUUGUUUUUUCAAAAUGAAAAAGUUGCACAUCUUUAUAUGGCAAUAAAUAAAUCUCUAUUUAUUUGAAAUGUGCCACUUAAAGCAAGUGAAAUAUAACAAAGUGAUAUAAGUUGUAUGUUCUCAUUUGCAUGGAGAGCAACAACAAGAGAUGCUAGUCAUUUUUCCAUAAUAGUUGUGUAUUAUGAGGGAGCAGAGUAGCUAUAAGUAUGUGACACAUCACUUACAAAAUAAGCCCCCAAGAAAAAAGAUAGUUGUUAUGAAUAUUAGAUCACAGGACUCUAUUGAACGUAAAUAUUAGGAUUAUGAGGUACCGUGGGGACAUUUUCCAGUAUACCUUUUUCUCUUUCCAAAGAAAGUGAUACAAAAUGGUAUGUAAUCUUAUUGUACAAAGUAAAUAUGAACAUAAUAGUGAAGACUCUAUUGCAAACAAGAGCUCUUAAAAAUACUUGUGUAAUAUAACCUAUUUGUAUAAAUAUCCUUUAGUAUAUGUAAGUAAUUGUAAAAAUAUCUGAAAGAGGAACAAAAUAUGGGGUAGCAUACAUCGUAUUGUAUCUAUUUCUUGUGUAAUGCUAAAGGUAACUAGAUUACUCAUGUUAUUUUACUGCAGCAGUUCCAGUCAUCAGACACCUAUCUUCUUCCCAAAGAACCUAGGAAAGGUUGGUCUCCAGUGAGAUACAUUAUUUAUAUUGAAGCUGAAUGCCUAAUGAGUCAAAUUUUUUUCUGGUACUAAAUUGCAUUAAGAAGUAGAAAAAGCCAGUUUUUGCUUUACAUUCACAUCAGUUUGGACCAUGAUGAAUUAACAUGUGUCCAUCUCUCUUGGUUUUGUUGUACAAAAGAAGUCAUUCAAGCACCAUCAUCUCCAGACAUUUUAGGGAGGGAGAUGGGAGGCAGGCAGCCUCUGAAACUUCCAUUCUGUGAUAAACAAGCUGAUCAGUUAAAGACGACAUACCACAAGAAGUAAAUUUUAUAGAUGAUAUAAAGAGCUUCAUAUCCCAUGGAGCUAAUGGUUAUACACUCAAUAUAUGUUACAGAUGGAUUUCGUAAUGAAUAAAAACUCUGUACUUCAUAUUCUCAUAUUCUGGUUCUGGGGGGAAGGGCCAGGCAAGCACUCCCUCUUCAACCCCCCCACCCCCC